AGGGGCUGCCUGCGCCGCAGCAACAGGGCAAGGGAGGGAAGGAGGCUGGGCAGGUGUUGCAAUCCACAGCCCCUGGGUCUGUCAGAGGCCAGGAGCCACUAACGACAGGCUGGGGAGAGAAGUCAGACGCGCCGUUUUCAGGAACUUGCCUGCAGAAGAGAGCGGAGACCCGGAGGCCAGGCGGCGGCUGGCUGCGGGGCUGCAGGCUCCAGGUGUUUUUAUCAGGGUCGUCUUGUUUCAUCCUCACCACAACCCUGAGAAGAGGAUGCUGUUCUUAUCCCUCCUUCACAGAUGCGGAGACUGACGCUCAGAAAGUAACUUGUCCAAGGUCACCAGGCUGGUGAACAGCAAGUUGGCACGAUGGUGGUGGGGCUGGGAACCUGGAGCCUGGCCAGAGCUGCUCUGAUCAUCCUACUGCUCCCCAGAAGCCUGGAGGAGUGCGGGCGCAUCAGCGUCUCAGCCCCCAUCGUCCACCUGGGAGAUGCCAUCACGGCCUCCUGCAUCAUCAACAGGACCUGCAGCCACCUGGAUCCAGAGUCACAGAUUGUGUGGAAACUGGGGACAGAGCUUCAGCCCGGGGGGAGGCAGCAGCGCUUGCCAGAUGGGACCCAGGAAUCCACUAUCACCUUGCCCCACCUCAACGACUCUCGGGCCCUUCUCUCCUGCUGUCUGCGCUGGGGCAACAGCCUGCAGAUCCUGGACCAGGCUGAGCUGCAGGCAGGCUACCCUCCCGCCACACCCCACAACCUGUCCUGCCUCAUGAACCUCACCAUCGAGAGCCUCAUCUGCCAGUGGGAGCCAGGACCUGACACCCACCUGUCUACCAACUUCACCCUAAAAAGCUUCAAGAGCCGGGGCAACUGCCAGGACCAGGAGGAAGCCAUCCCCGACUGCGUGCCUGAGGACGGGCAGAGCCGCUGCUCCAUCCCACGCAAACACCUGCGGCUCUACCAGAGUAUGGGCCUCUGGGUGCAGGCAGAGAACGUGCUGGGGACCAGCGUGUCCCCGCAGCUGUGCCUGGAUCCCAUGGACGUUGUAAAACUGGAGCCCCCCACCCUGUGGGCCCUGGACCCCAGCCCUGAGGUGGCCCCACCCCAGCCAGGCUGCCUACAGUUGCAUUGGGAGUCAUGGAAGUCAACCCAGUACAUAGACCAGAAGUGUGAGCUGCGCCACCAGCCACAGCCUGGAGGAGCCAACUGGACCCUGGUGGGCCCCCUGCCCUCCAAGACCCUUCAGCAUGAGCUCUGCGGGCUCCUCCCAUCCACAGCCUACUCCCUGCAGAUGCGCUGCACCCGCUGGCCCCUGCCUGGCCACUGGAGUGACUGGAGCCCCAGCCUGGAGCUGACCAGCGCGCAACAGGCCCCCAAUGUCAGACUGGACACGUGGUGGCGGCAGAGGCAGCUGGACCGCAGGACAGUGGACAUGCAGCUAUUCUGGAAGCCAAUGCCCGUGGAGGAAGACAGCGGGCAGAUCCAAGGGUACCUGGUCUCCUGGAGACCCUCGGGCCAGGCUGGAGCAGUCCCACCCCUCUGCAACACCACCGAGCUAAACUGCACCUUCCACUUGCCUUCGGAAGUCCGGGAGGUGGUCCUUGUGGCCUACAACACCGCCGGGACCUCCCGCCCCACCCCCGUGGUCUUCUUGGAGAGCACAGGCCCACCGCUGGGCAGACUCCAUACCAUGGCCCGAGACCCUCACAGCCUCUGGGUGGGCUGGGAACCCCCCAGCCCUCGGCCUCGGGGCUAUGUGAUUGAAUGGGGCCCGGGGCCCCCCAGCCCCAGUGGCAGCCAUAUGACUUGGAAAAUGGAGCAUAAUGGAAGCAUUGCAGGGACCCUGCUACAAGAGAACAUCAGGCCCUUCCAGCUCUACGAGAUCACUGUGACCACCCUGUACCAAGACACCGUGGGACCCUCCCAGCGCAUCUAUGCCUACUCCCAAGAGACGGCCCCCUCCUACACCCCGGAGCUGCAUCUGAAGCACAUUGGCAAGACCUGGGCCCAGCUGGAGUGGGUGCCCCCAACCCCCGAGCUGGGGAGGAGCCCUCUUACCCACUACACCAUCUUCUGGACCAAUGCUCAGGGCCAGUCCUUCUCCACCAUCCUUAAUGCUUCCUCCCAUGAGUUUGUCCUCCCCGGCCUGGAGCCUGCCAGCUUGUACCACGUCCACCUCAUGGCUGCCAGCCAGGUGGGGGCCACCAACAGUACAAGCCUCACCCUGAUGACCUUAGCCCCAGGGGAGUUCGAGCUGCACAUCUUCCUGGGCCUGUUCGGCCUCCUGCUCUCGCUCAUCUGCCUCUGUGUGGCUACCCGGUUCUGCUGCAGACCCAGGAAGAAUUCCCUCUGGCCAAGUGUCCCAGACCCAGCCCACAGCAGCCUGGGCUCCUGGGUGCCUAGCAUCCCUGCGGAGGAGAUCUUCCAGCUGCCCAGCCUUUGGGACACCAGCAUGCCACCCAUCACCAAGAUCACGGUGCUGGAGGAGGAAGAGAAGAAGCCUGGGCCCUGGGAGUCCCAUGAGAGCUCAGGAACCUGUGGCCUUCCCGCCCUGGUCCAGGCCUAUGUGCUCCAGGGGGACCCAAGGGCAUCUACUAUCCAGCCCCAGACCCAGUCAGGCAACACUGACCAGGUCCUUUAUGGGCAAGUGAUGGGCAGCCCCUCCCGCUCAGGACCAGCGGACUACAUCCGCUGCGACUCCACUCAGCCCCUCUUGGGGGACCUCACCCCGAGCCCCAAGUCCUAUGAGAACCUCUGGUUCCAGACCAGCCCACAAAGGACCCCAGAGCCUCUAGUCCCCAACCAGGAGGAUGACUGCGUCUUUGGGCCACUGCUUGACUUCCCCCUCCUGCAGGGGCUCCAGGUCCAUGGGGUAGAAGGGCUGGGGGGCUUCUAGGGCUUCCUGGGAUGCCCCCGCUGGGUCUGCCUCUUGAAAGGCUGGGGCCAUCAGAGAGGAGGCGAGGGUCAGAAGGCCCGUCACUAAAAAACCACCCUCCCCAGGAAAGGCAGGAAGGCUCCCGGCUUCCCGCUGUCUGAGGCCCAGCACCCCUCCCCAUGUGCCCAGUACCCAUGGGCUGGGCCUCCCACCGCAAAGGUCAGGAACGGCUUCCCCCAGCCUGUCCACUACAGUGCCUUCUGUGCUUAUUUCCUGUCAUUUCCGUCUCUUAAACUGGUCCAUGGUUCC